AUGACUUCCGAGAGCGUCAACAGAGUGCCCUAUCCUUUCAAGUUUGAGCAAGGAUGGAGCUCACAGGCAGGCAAAGAUGGUCAAGUCAACAUGACCUUGAGCAAUUCCAAAGGCCGGACCCCAUCGCUUCAAGCAUCCAGACUGCGCAGCAUGGUCCUCGAAGCACAAGCACACCCAGCGAAGACCGUUGCAACUUGUAUCUCUUACGAUGGACUCUCCUCGCGCUUGACGGAGGAGGCCGGCUUCCCGAUCAUCUUUCUUGCCGGAUACGCAAUGGCCAGCACGCUUGGUAUACCGGACACCGGAUACAUCGCCAUGCAGGACGUCUGUAAUAAAAUUCAAGAGACGGCACGCCAAGUAUCAGUGCCCAUCAUCGCUGACGGCGACACUGGAUAUGGCAGUCCUAUGAACGUCAAGCGGACUGUGCAGUGUUUUGCAGAAGCCGGUGCGGCAGGUGUCAUGAUCGAGGACCAGACAUGGCCCAAACGCUGCGGACAUACCAAAGGCAAGGCAGUGGUUCCUCGUGCUGAAGCUUUCGCCCGAAUCCAAGCGGCCUGCGACGCACGCGAUGAAGGGAAAGACAUCUGGAUUCUAGCCCGGACAGACGCCCUCAUCCUUGGUUGGGAGGAAACGAUGGCUCGCGUGACGGAAUUCCAACGCAUUGGCGUCGACGCUGUGUUCAUUGAAGCCAUCCCGGACAAGGCUGCCAUGCAACGAUGCGUCCAAGAGGUCCAGGUACCGCAGAUGGUCAAUAUCAUCGAAGGCGGCCUGACAGAGAACCUCUCCGCGAAGGAGCUUGCUAAGAUGGGUUUUGCUCUCACGGCUUGGCCAUGGACGCUAGUGGCAGCUCAUUUGAACGCGAUUCGUGAGACUCUAGAGAACUUGAAGGAAAGCAUGACAGUCGGUGCUCCACCGACCAUCUUGUCGUACAGCGAGGUGUGCAAGGGUGCAGGCUUCAACCGGUACUGGGUCAGUAACAACACAUUCCUUCCGUGGCGAAAGAACCAUAUGCUGACCUCCGCGAAGGAUGAAGAGGAGCGAUACAAAUUUGAAAAGUUCGAAAAACCAUCCGCAGUGAAUGGUGUGAAUGGGACGCAUUGA